GGUGCACUUUUCAUCACACCAUCAUCUCAUCCAUCUCUGACAUUUGAAAGAUAUAAAGUGUCCUUUGGCAAGGAAAGAAUACAAGGAGUGAUCAAGGAUUUUGUUUUGACAUGGCUGGAAAAUAGACCUUCUCCUUCUACCCUUUGGAGAUUCUAUCAGGAGAUGGCUAAAGUCAUCAAGGACUUUCAUAUGGUGUCUAGAGAGAUGUGUGAUGGUGUUCUUAAAAAUGAAAAGCUGAUGGAAAAGCUGAAGAAAGGCAAAUUUGAAGUCUUACUGUCAGACCCAGUAUUCCCUUGUGGUGAUAUAGUAGCUUUAAAGCUGGGAAUACCAUUCAUCUAUUCCUUGAGGUUUUCUCCAGCCUCAAAUGUCGAAAAGCACUGUGGGAAGGUACCAUACCCUCCUUCCUAUGUUCCUGCUAUUUUAUCAGAACUCACUGACCAGAUGACUUUUGCUGAUAGGGUAAGGAAUUUCAUCUCCUACCACCUCCAGGACUACAUGUUUGAAACUCUCUGGAAACCAUGGGAUUCCUACUACAGUAAAGAGUUGG